GCUGCUGACGCAAUGAUUUUUGUUUGCGGUAUUUAAUUUUAUUGUUAUUGAGCGUUUUGGUUUAUCGGUUUUUCGCCGAAUUAUUUAUGCGUGAGCUCUCAUUCACAACUACUGAGACACAUUCUAUCAUAUCUUUCUUCUGAAAGUUCGAAAGCGUUAGAAAUGUCUGAUCUAAGUUUGUUAAUGGAUAUGGGCUUUCCCCAAGCAAAAGCGGAGAAAGCUUUGAAUGUAACUGGUAAUAAAGGUGUAGAACCUGCCAUGGAAUGGUUACUAGCUCAUGGUGAUACAAGUGAACCUGAAGCAGAUGCUGCCAUUAAUGUCCCAAGUGAGAAUGCUGAUGAAGAGGAAGUGGAGGGUAAUGGGGAAAAAAUUCAGAAUUUGAGCGAAGAAAUAAUAGCUGAAGCAAAAUCUAUUAAAUGUGACGAAUGCAAUCGCAAGUUUCGCACUGACUCUGAAAUUGAAUUUCAUGCCGUAAAAACUGGCCAUCAAAGUUUCUCUCAGUCAUCAGAAGAAAUUAAACCUUUGUCUGAAGAAGAAAAAAAAGAGCAAAUAAAAAAGAUAGAAAAUUUAAUCAAACAGCGAAGAGCUGAAAAAGCGGAGCAAGAAAAACGGGAGGCUUUGGAAAAAGAAAAAAAUCGUAGGAAGACUGGGCAGGAGUUGACUCAUGUGAGACAGAAAUUGCAAGAAGAGGAAAUUAAACAUUUAGCUGAAAUGAAAAGAAGGGAAAAACUAGAAGCCAAACUUGCACGGCAAAAAGUUUUGGAUGAGAUUGAAAGAGAUAAGCAAGCAAGAAGAGAAAAAUUUGGUAUGGGUGGCUCUGCUACUGCUACAACUGCUGUCCCUGUGCCAGUGCAGACAACUGUCACUAAUUCCGUUCCCAGCCAAUCAUAUGAUGAAUGUAGACUCCAGAUACGCUUGACAAAUGGACAGUGUCUUACUCAGAAGUUUGGCCCCAAUGAAGAAUUAGCUGCUGUUAGAUUAUUUGUGGAAAUGAAUCGUACUGAUGGUUCAGGACCUUUUUCUCUUAUGACCAAUUUCCCUAAAAGAGUAUUUACUGAUACUGAUAUGAGUGCACCUCUUAGUUCAUUAGGUAAGCAAGAAUCCUCUACAAUUCUGUUUUGUAUCAACUGGAAUUUUGUAAAUUAUAGACCUGAAACCAACAUAAUAUUCCUAGUAUGGUUUUCAUUAAAUAGUUUUUUUGUUGCCUUGAACUUUAAAUGAAAAAAAG